GCCGCCUCCUCCUCUCCUCGCCGCUCGCCUCCUCCUCCUCCUCCUCCCGCGCCCGCCGCAUCUUCUCUCGCGCCAUGGACUCCUCCACCACCGCCGCCGCCGUGCAGCACGCAGGUGGCGCGGCGGCGGGGGAGUACGAGGAGGUGCUGGGGCGCCUCUCCUCGCUCAUCACGCAGAAGGUGCGCGCGGACACCGGCAACCGCGGCAACCAGUGGGACCUCAUGGGCCGCUACCUCCAGAUUCUGGAGCUGGAGGAGCCCAUCGCGCGGAUGAAGGUCAUCCAUGUCGCCGGCACCAAAGGGAAGGGUUCGACAUGCACAUUCACGGAGUCAAUCCUGCGAUCUUGUGGCUUCCGUACCGGGCUCUUCACCUCACCGCAUUUGAUGGAUGUCCGCGAGCGGUUCAGGCUAGAUGGGGUGGAUAUUUCUGAAGAGAAGUUUUUGAAGUACUUCUGGUGCUGCUGGAAUAAACUGAAGGAGAAGACUGAUGAUGAUAUUCCCAUGCCAGCCUAUUUCAGGUUCAUGGCCUUGCUCGCAUUCAAGAUAUUUUCUGCUGAGCAGGUAGAUGUAGCUCUUCUCGAGGUUGGUCUUGGAGGAAAGUUCGAUGCAACUAAUGUGGUUAAAUCUCCUGUAGUCUGUGGAAUAUCCUCUCUUGGAUAUGAUCAUAUGGAAAUUCUUGGAAAUACGCUUGGUGAAAUUGCUGGGGAGAAGGCUGGAAUUUUCAAGAAAGGAGUUCCAGCUUAUACUGCUCCACAGCCAGAAGAGGCAAUGGUUGCUCUCAAACGAAGAGCUUCAGAAUUGGGCAUUUCACUCCAAGUCGUUGAUCCUUUGAAGCCACAUCAGUUGAAAGAUCAACAUCUUGGACUGCAAGGUGAACACCAAUAUGAAAAUGCUGGCCUUGCAGUCGCACUCGCUAGUACAUGGCUUGAGAAGCAGGGACAUGUGGACAGAAUGCCACUCAACCACACUGAUCCCUUACCAGAUCAGUUCAUCAGAGGGCUGUCAAGUGCUUCUUUGCAAGGCCGAGCACAAAUUGUUCCAGAUUCACAAGUAAAUUCAGAAGAGAAGGAUCGGGAUAGUUCUUUGGUAUUCUAUCUGGAUGGGGCACACAGCCCUGAAAGUAUGGAAAUAUGUGCGAGGUGGUUUUCCCAUGCUACCAAGGAGCAGUCUCAGACUUGCAGCAAAUCUCGGAAGAUUCUUCUAUUCAACUGCAUGUCUGUGAGAGAUCCUAUGAGAUUGCUUCCACAUCUCGUUGAUACUGCAACUCAAAAUGGGGUGCACUUUGAUCUGGCCCUAUUUGUGCCAAAUCAGUCACAACACAAUAAGCUUGGUUCUAAGGCAUCAGCACCUGCUGGGCCUGAGCAAAUUGAUUUGUCAUGGCAGCUAUCUCUCCAAGCAGUGUGGGAGAAAUUACUUCAUGAUGACAAUAAAGGUUCAAACAGCACGGAUUCUGGCGAGACUAGCCUAGUGUUUGAAUCACUGCCACUAGCAAUUGAGUGGCUAAGGAAAAAUGCCGUAGAGGAUCCAUCUACUUCUUAUCAGGUCCUGGUUACUGGCUCCCUGCAUCUCAUCGGCGAUGUACUGAGGUUACUCAAGAAGUGACAUUUUUUGGGAACAUUAUACAGUUGGAAGCUGACACUGAAGUAGCUACACUGAUAGUGUGAUUGUGACCCCAAGCCGGGGCUCUUUGAUGUUUUUGAGAUCUUCCCAGGGCAAGCACAUGGUUUACAGAAAUGCAGCAAGCAGUUUGGAAGUGCUUUGCCUGCAAUGCGAAUGCGAAUGCGAAUCGGGCAGCAAGGUGAAAUGUGUAGUAUUUCUUUUUGCGAGAGGAGGGAAGCUUGUUUGUAUUUCUCGUUUAAUGCUUUUUUGGCCAUUGUUGCCACUAUAUUCCUCCUCAUGUAUCCCGGAAAGACGAGACGUCGAAAACUCAGACGGAUGUCAGGGCGCAAGCAAAGCAUGAAUAAGCCAACAAGAUGGCAGUUGUUAUUAUCUAAAAAAGAAGUUGUUGAUGGCA